AUGACUUUAGACCAAGGACUGCCCAUUGCAAAUAAAUAUAUUAUCUUUCUCCCGUCAAAAUUAAUUUACAUCAUAUCUAUCUAUCUAUCUAUCUAUCUAUCUAUCUAUCUAUCUAUCUAUCACUCUCUCUCUCUCUCUCUCUCUCUCUAUAUAUAUAUAUAUAUAUAUAUAUUUCAGUUUGUUCAUGAUCUAUCUAUCUAUCUAUCUAUCUAUCUAUCUAUCUAUCUAUCUAUCUAUCUAUCACAGUCUUUUCAUAUUUAUCUCUGUUCAUUAUCAGUCUAUCUAUUUAUCUAUCUAUUUUGUUCACGAUCUAUCUAUCUAUCUAUCUAUCUAUCUAUCUAUCUAUCUAUCUAUCUAUCUAUCUCUGUCUGUCUCUUCCUCUCUCUCUCUCUAUAUAUAUAUAUAUAUAUAUAUACACAUCAGUCUGUUCAUGAUCUAUCUAUCUAUCUAUCUAUCUAUCUAUCUAUAGAUUUAUUAAGACCACACCCCAGAAACCCCCACCCUGUUCUUUUGUCCAUCCACCCUCCCAAUCCCCGUUUCCGCUUUACCGCUGACCCUACACCGAAGGGCAGUGGGCCAACUACCGCUUCGCUGGUGACCAAGGCGUACAAUAUUUCCACUACAAAGAUAUGCACCAACACACAAUUAUUUUUUACUCUCUCCUACGAGAGUACAACAUCAGAUUCACAUACGAUGGCCACCAGUUCCAGCCAUCCAGCCAUUUUCUAUCGGGUCACCAGCUCCUGGCAGCCAUCUAGUCAUUCCCCAGCAGGACACCAGCUCCUGGCAACCAUCCAGCCAUACUUUAACUGGCCACCAUCUACAGGCAGCCAACCAGCUAUACUGCAGCAGGCCACCAUCUCCAGCCAUUCAGGCUUUCCCCAGCAGGCCACCAGCUCCUGGCAGCCAUCCAGCCAUACUCUAAGAGGCCACCAUCUACAUGCAGCCAACCAUCUAUACUGCAGCAGGCCACCAGCUCCAGCCAUUCAGGCAUUCUCCAGCGGGACACCAGAUCCAGCCAACCAGUCAAUCUCCAGCGGGCCUCCAGCUAUAGGCAGUCAUCUUCCAGCAAGCCACAAGCUCUAG